AAAUUUGGCAAAAAUAUAGUCGUGACGUUUACCUGCAAACGUUUCAACGUGCAAAUAAGCAAAGUAGCAAAUAUUAAUUAAAAUGGAUGAAAAUGAGACGUCCACCGUAGUACUGCCAAGCAGCGGUUCCAUGCAAAGUAACAACCCACUCUCAAGAAAGCUAAAGAAAAUUUUAAAUACAAGAUUGGAAAAUGAUAAAGAAUUAUUGGAUGCGUUGAGGUCAGUGUCCACGUUUUUUACUGAGAAUAAUAUUCGAACUCGACGUAAUCUACGAGGGGAGAUUGAAAGACGAAGUUUACUAAUCAAUCAACAGUUUGCUGACUCGUUUAGUCUUUUAGUAAAGGACUUGGAAUGCAUACAUGAAGAUGUGCAGGCAAUGUCACUUUGUUGCAAAGACAUGACUGACAGAUUAGCUGCCACAAAAGAGCAAACGCAAGAGCUCAUCACCCAAACAAGUGAACUGAAGACAGAAGGAAAGAAAUUGGACUUGCAAGCAAAAAUUGCAGAUGCUUUUUUGGAUCGAUUUCAACUGAAACCAGAAGAAGUGAAAAUAUUUCGGGGUUCAAGAGAUGGAAACUUGCACCCGGGAUUUUUCAAAGUUCUUGAAAAAGUGCAAAGAAUUCAUUCUGAUGUAAAAGUUCUGCUGAGAACAAACCAACAAAAAGCUGGCCUUGAAAUAAUGGAACAAAUGGCGUUACAACAGGAAUCAGCCUAUGAAAGAUUAUACAGAUGGAGUCAAUCCCAAUGCCGCUCAAUGACGUCUGACUCACUGGAUAUCAACCCACUGCAACAACAAGCUUUAAAAGCUUUGCAAAAUCGACCUGUGCUAUUUUCGUACACACUAGAUGAAUAUUCCAACGCACGCCGUGGUUCUGUAGUCCAUGGUUUCAUUGACGCCUUAACCCGGGGGAAACAUGGCCCCCCUUCACCCAUAGGGGAUGCCCCCAGAACCCAUGGAGGUCCGCGCCCCAUAGAGCUCCAUGCCCAUGACCCCAUGCGCUACGUCGGGGACAUGUUGGCUUGGUUGCACCAGGCUUCUGCAUCAGAGAAGGAAUGCUUGACACAGUUGCUUGCUGAAUGUGAAAAACCCACUGCUGAAGCUUCAUGCAAAACACUUGCUAAUUUGUUAAACGGUGUUUGCCGUCCAUUAAAAGUUCGUGUAGAGCAAGUGCUGGUUUCUGAACCCGGUACCCUCCUGUUAUACAAACUAACCAAUCUUCUCAAGUUCUACCAUGAUACCAUCAGAGACAUUGUUCUUGGAGAGGACAACAGUUUUCCACUCCUUGAGACUUUGACUGACAUGCAUGUCUUGUGUAGGAAGUUAUUUUUCAACAGCCUUCAAUAUUUGUCAAGUAAACUAUUGGACAAGGUUGAAUUGCCACCCAAUGAUUUGUCUUCUCCGCGCACUUUAGCUGAAACAUUGAAUUUGUUACGAGAUAUUUUUGAUUCGCACGAUGCUUCUAUAUUGCCUGCCAAGGAGCGCCACACAGACCUUGUAGAGGUAAUGUCUCAUCUGCUUGAUCCUCUCCUACAAAUGUGUGCAAUGUCUGCAAGUCAGUUGCAACCUGCAGACAUGGCAGCUUACAUAAUCAACUGUUUGCAUGCAAUCAAGUCCCUGCUGUCCCUAUAUGAAUUUGCAGAUCAAAGGAUAGAAAUGCUAAGUGCCCAGAUAGAAGCACAUCUUGAUACGCUUGUCAAUGAACAGGCUGCUUCCAUUUUAACUAGAGGUGGAUUAGCUAACGUGUACAAGUUGAUUUUGAACCAAGAAAAUAAAGGGCAGUUGUUACAAGUACCUGGUUUAGAUAGACAAGCACUGAUGAAUGCGUUUCAAACAUUUGAUUCCAUUGCAUUCGCUCCUGAUGAUUUGAUUUUAAGACAGGUAACCCUUCUGUCAAGUGCAACACUAAAGGAAGUAGCCACAGCACGAGCGAAUGAUUUAGUUGUAUCCGCCUAUGCCAGCGUGCACGAAGCAUUUAUUGAUGCUAAAAACGGCUACAACCCUUCCACUUUUUCAACUAAAACUCCAGACCAAAUCAGACUGUUACUCUGUUAGAUGACAGUAGGACCUAAAUGUACUGUGUUGGACUGUUCUGUCAGUUUUACGGAAGUACAGCAGGUCUAACCAGCGGUGCAACCAGAAAAAAUCAAGGGUGGCGAGCCCAAAAAGUCCAACUAAGCUAUAACAAAAUAUAUAUGUGGGAUAACUGCUUGCUUCUAUAUUCAAGUAUAUGUUAUGUAUCAUUGUAUAAGAGAAUCAUCAGCUUUGUAUCAUUUUUUAUUAAGUGCUAGUGAAGAAAAACAAUAUAACAUGAUUUAUAAAUGAAAUAUUUCGCGGCAAUGUAUAAAGCAGAAAUUCCAUUGUUGGAUGAAGAGCA